CCUCCUCCUCUAAAACCGAAUUCACCAUUCACCAUUGCUGACAGCUUCAGUGUUCAGUAUCAACAAUCUCAAAAAAAAAAUGGGAAGUAGACUAGGAAGAAGAGUAGUAUACUUUGCUAAUCUCCCCAUAAAACUCCUCAUGCCUUCAUCUUUCUCCAAUAUUUCUGAAAUUGCUCUCAAAACCAUCCCCUCCGCUUCAAAGAUUGAGAUUAAGCGGGUUUUAGAAUCACUUUACGGGUUCGAGGUGGAGAAAGUCCGGACCCUAAACAUGGAGGGCAAGAAGAAGAAGCGGGGAGGUUUAUUGAUCGCGAAACCUGAUUACAAGAAGGCUUAUGUGACCCUCAAAAACCCCUUGUCGAUAAACCCGGAUCUUUACCCAAUCCGGAUAAUUGAAGAGGACAAAAAGAGUUUGAAUAAGCAGUCAAAAUCGAGCAUUGUGGAAGAUCCGGAAGCUAUGAAGAAGACACAUUGGCUUGAUGAGAAGAAAGAUGACAGGACAUUUAAGAGGCCAGAAGGGCGUACAUUUGGCCGCCGUGGUGGCAGGGAUGGUGAUGGAGCAGAGGGCACGAGCUCGGGGGCAAAAUUUCCAUGGAGCAGCAUGAGGUCUUUUGGGAGGUAACAUGUAUUAGCUGUCGAGGUUUAUUUGUGGAGAGCUGAAAUGAUGGUUAGAUAUUAUAAAAUGUCACCGUACCCUUAAUGGUGUAUGAUAUUGAAGUAAUUAUGAGCCUGAGGGAUUUUAUUGAUAGCAUUAUGGUGCAAAGACGUUGGAAAAAUGACGUUUAUGUUGUGAACUUAAAGUUCUUUCUGAUAUUGUUUAUUGUUAUGGUGAUUUGGCAUUGUGAAAUAAAGAUUUGAAUUGAAUUCAAAGUUGGUUUUGGUUUU